CUUCCGUGGUUAUUCCUGAAACUAUUAUUGUCUUUGACCUUCAAUAACUACUGAUCUUACUUUUCCUUACUGUUCUGUCCCACUGAUCUUGAGGUAAGCAUGCGCAGUCUGUUGCCGUAUAGGCAUGGAAGGGAUAUUCCUUAUGCACUGGUCUCACCCUUAUACGUGAUGUCGACAGAUCAUCUGACUAUGAUGGUUCUUCCGUAUCAACGAUGGAUGAUGUUCUCUGAACCAGCUUUGCAUUGUAGCUGUUUACGGCGGUUGGACAUGACUGACCUCCUAUCUAGACAACAAGAUGGCCACUGCUAUGCAUGACGACGGAUACCACUCGAUGCCCCCUACUGGAGGUGAGGGCUGUCGCCCUCCCGGCGACCACCUUGAGACAGGUCGCGCUGCCGACCCCAACUCGUCCGUCGAGGACUACAGCCGAGUCAUGCUCGAAUACACCCAACGCCGCAUGGCGGAUUUUGCCGACCUCGAUGACGGAAAGGGGUCCAGCCGAAGCAGCCGCAGCAGCCAAACCAGCGGCAACAGCGGCAACUCGACCAGCGGUAUGCUUGCCCGUCAAGCUGCCGGCACGACUGGAGCGGCUCACGAUAGCUCCGAAUCUGCCAGACGCGCGUCCGGCGUGAACUCGGCCGACCUGUCCUUCUGAAGGCGCACCCGGGUGAGGAAGGGGUGGCUGUAAUGGCUACUUCCCUCAUCUGGCCUGGGGAUGAGUUCACGAAUUACGUUUUACGGUGGAGUCUGUGGGCAAUCUGGGGAGGCACGUCGCCG